UUAGCCGCUAUGUGCAGGGAAUAACGUUAGAGCGGUUGCUAGCGUGAGACCGACAGAGACGGAGCCGGUGCGUCCCGCCCCCUGGCGACGAGGAGAUGGCGGGAUGACGUAGCUUUGCCAAGGACUUAGCAGCUAAGCAGAAAAUGAGCUUAACAUCCUGGUUUUUGGUGAGCAGUGGAGGCACCCGCCACAGGCUGCCACGAGAGAUGAUUUUUGUUGGAAGAGAUGACUGUGAGCUGAUGUUGCAGUCACGUAGUGUGGACAAGCAACACGCUGUAGUUAACUAUGAUGCCUCUACAGAUGAACACUUGGUGAAGGAUUUGGGCAGCCUAAAUGGGACGUUUGUGAAUGAUGUGAGGAUUCCUGAACAGACAUACAUUACUCUGAAGCUUGAAGAUAAAUUGAGAUUUGGCUAUGAUAUCCUUGCUAUAAAAACGUACAGCUAUUUGCAAUGCAUUUUUCUUGUGAAAAGAAGGUUUGCUACUGGAAAAACCAUUCCUUCGUCCAGGACCAGACAGCUUCAAAAUGGACACUUCAAUGAAAUGAUUAUCAUCACUCUCAUGGACCUGAAACAGAAGUUAACACAGAAAACUUCUUCUCUUGGCUGGUGCAAACUCAGUGUUAAAGAACUGAAACAUAGCCUUGAGUUCCUCCAGGAGGGCCUUAAUGUGGAUCUUUCAUUUAAAAAAUACUAUGCAGUAGCAACGAGAUAUCUUUCUGCCAUGCCUCGUGGUACACCUUUGUAUGGACAGCCAUCCUGGUGGGGUGAGGAUGAGGCUGAUGAAAAAAAUGGUUGCAAACAGGAUGUCAAACAUGAAGAAAAAAUACAUGAAACAGGAGCUUCAGGAUGCAGCACAGAUGCCAAGCAAGUUGAGGAGAAAUCUUCAGCUGCAAAUGAAGAAGAACUAUAUCCUUUCUGUAGGGAGCCAAGUUACUUUGAAAUUCCUACAAAAGAAUUCCAGCAACCUUCACAAAUAGCAGAGAGCACUAUUCAUGAAAUCCCAACAAAAGACACCCAAACCUCACAUGCAGCAGGUGCGGGGCAUGCUUCAUUUACCAUUGAAUUUGAUGACACCACUCCAGGAAAAGUAACUAUCAAAGAUCAUGUGACAAAAUUCACUUCAGAUCAGCGCCACAAGCCGAAGAAGUCUUCUCCUGGUGGACAGGACCUUCCUGGGCUUCAAACUGUGAUGAUGGCUGCUGAGAGCAAAGUAGCUGACUGGCUAGCACAGAACAAUCCCCCUAGAAUGAUAUGGGAAGCAACAGAGGAGGAUUCCAAAAGUAUUAAGAGUGAUGUUCCAGUUUACUUGAAGAGGCUGAAAGGGAAUAAACAUGAUGAUGGGACACAGAGUGAUUCAGAAAAUGCUGGUGCACGCAGGCAUUACAAUAAGCGAGCAACACUUGAUGAGCAUUUAAGGCAUCAACAUAUAGAACAGAAAAAGUCAUACCAGAAAGCCCAUACUACAGAAAAGCAUGAAGAGCAGGCUGCUAUAAGUCAGACUGCCUUUAUGAUUGAGUUUUUUGAUGAAGACCAUCCUCGAAAGAGACGAUCUUAUUCCUUUUCUCAGAACGUAGGAGCUCUUUGCUCAGAAACUCCUUCUUCAACACCUCAUGUGAGAGCUGAGAAAGUGAAAGGUACAUCUGGAGACAUCAAAGGGGUUUCUUUGCCUUUGCAGACUAGUAGGGUAGCACAUGGUGUUCAUGCAAAACUAUUAAAACAAAAAUCAGAAGAACCCUCGGUUGCAUUACCUUUCUUACAAACUGCAUUGUUAAGAAGUUCAGGAAGUCUUGGACAUAGACCAAGCCAAAACCAGGAGAUGGACAAAAAAUUUAAAAGCCAACUUGUUUCUGCUGCUACUGAAAAGGACAAUGAUGAUGACCAAAGUGACAAAGGUACUUACACUAUUGAGUUGGAAAAUCCCAAUUCUGAGGAAAUGGAAGCACGUAAAAUGAUUGACAAGGUGUUUGGAGUGGAUGACAGCCAGGAUUAUAAUAGGCCUGUUAUCAACGAGAACCAGAAAGAUUUAGUAAAAGAUUGGGCUAUAAAUUCUGCUACAGUAGUGCUGGAAGAAAAAAGACCACUGAGUACAACUGGAUUUCUUGACACAGAGGAAGGCUCUGCUGCAUCUGGAAAUAAACGUUGGGUGUCCCAGUGGGCUAGUUUGGCUGCUAAUCAUACACGACAUGACCAAGACGACAUGAGGUUGGAGUCAUCUGCACCUGCUCCUCUAGAAAACGAUACUGACAUCAGUGAAUCUGGUAUUUCAGUUAGAAGUACUAGCUCAGCCACUUCUGUGACUAGCCAAGGUGAGCGAAAGAGGAGAACACUUCCACAGCUUCCAAAAGAGGAAAAAGCCACUGAAAGUUCAAGAGCAAAGGUUACACCUCAUCAGAGAUCAGAGAUAGGUGAAAAACAAGACACAGAACUUCAAGAGAAAGAAACUCCAACUCAUGCAUCCCAAAAAGAAAUGCCACAAGAUGCAGGUAGUAGGAGCAUGGCUAAGGCAAACAGGACAAUGAAUGGCCUUUCUCCUAAACCUGGUGGAGACCACAAAGUGUCUUCUCACCCCAUUAGCUGCUCUUCUUCCAGUAAAGAGAAAAGUGAAAUUGUCAGGGAAACUUCAGUUGUAAAGCAAGCUUUAGCUAAAAUUCAACAGCAAGAGCAAAAGGAGCAGGCACAUAGGACUUCAACUAAAGUGUUUUCAGCUAAACUUCUUGCCAGUCAAGUUGAGAAAGGUAGAGAGGAGACUCCUACUCCACAUAAAAUGUUGGAUAAUCAUCAAGAAAAAGCCCCAGGACAUUCUACAAGUAAAGCAGAAAUGAAGAUUGUACAAAGUGAAGGGAAAAGAAAAAAAACUGAGGAAAUUAUAAAAGGCCAAACUCCAAAAGGAUUAGGAGAGAAGAAAGAAUCUUCAAAACCGUUAGUGAGACAAGGCAGCUUUACUAUAGAUAAACCUAGUACAAAUAUACCGAUAGAGCUUAUUCCUCAUAUUAAUAAACAAACUGGAUCUACUCCCCCUUCGUUUGCUUUAACCUCCACAAACAGAAUACGUGAGAGAAGUGAUUCCGUGGACACUGAUUCUAGUCUGGAUACAACACUUAUUUUAAAAGACACAGAAGCAGUAAUGGCGUUCCUUGAAGCUAAAUUACGAGAAGAAAACAAAACAGAUGAAGGACCUGAAACUCCUAGCUAUAACAGAGAUAAUUCCAUAUCACCCGAGUCAGAUGUAGACACUGCUAGCACAAUCAGUCUGGUUACUGGUGACACUGAAAGAAAAACCACUCAAAAGCGAAAAAGCUUUACUACCCUGUAUAAAGAUAGAUGUUCCACUAGUUCUCCUUCCAAGGAUGUUUUAAAAUCUUCUGCAACAAAUGCUAGAGAAAAGAUAGAAAAGAAAACUAAAAGCCGAUCUUCAGAUGCUGGUUCAAGAGCAGAGGGUCGUAAACUUGUGCAACCCAGUGGAAGAAUGAGACAACCUUCAGUAGAUUUAACAGAUGAUGACCAAACAUCUAGCGUACCACAUUCUGCCAUAUCUGAUAUCUUGUCAUCUGACCAAGAAACUUAUUCUGGCAAAUCACAUGGAAGGGGUUAUUUUACCUCUGCAGAUGAACUCUUACAUUCCAAAAUGGAAGGCAGUAAGUCAGCUAAAUCAAAGACCUCUCCUGUUACAACUGGGCAAUCCAGUAAGUCAAUCACUCUUCCAAGACCUCGUCCCACAAGGACUUCUCUCUUGCGCAGAGCACGACUUGGUGAAGCCUCAGAUAGCGAACUUGCUGAUGCAGAUAAAGCUUCAGUGGCUUCUGAAGUGUCCACUACAAGUUCUACAUCAAAGCCUCCCUCAGGAAGGAGAAAUAUCUCCAGAAUUGACUUACUUGCCCAACCACGCAGAACUAGGCUCGGUUCUUUAUCAGCACGUAGUGACUCUGAAGCCACAAUAACUAGAAGCACUGCCUCAUCUCGUACUGCAGAAGCCAUCAUUAGAAGUGGUGGAAGAUUAACACCAUCAGCAGAUAGUAGUAAAGUUUCUGCUAGAACUAGAGCUAAUAGCAUUUCUCGACUUUCUGAUUCUAAAUCCAAAUCAUUGACCUCCGCCCAUAAUUCUCCAUCAGUAAAUUCAAGAUGGAGGCGCUUUCCUACAGAUUAUGCUUCCACCUCAGAAGAUGAGUUUGGAUCAAACCGUAAUUCCCCUAAACAUACCCGUCUACGUACUUCUCCAGCCCUGAAAACCCCUCGAUUGCAGAGCUCUGGGACAGCAAUGCAAACUAGCAAUACGUUCAAGCACAGGAUCAAGGAACAGGAGGACUACAUUCGCGACUGGACUGCUCAUCGAGAAGAAAUAGCAAGGAUCAGUCAAGACCUGGCUCUCAUCGCACGGGAAAUCAACGAUGUAGCAGGAGAGAUAGAUUCAGUGACUUCAUCAGGCACUGCUCCGAGUACCACAGUAAGCACUGCUGCCACCACCCCUGGCUCUGCCAUAGACACUAGAGAAGAGCUGGUUGACCGUGUAUUUGAUGAAAGUCUGAACUUCAGAAAGAUUCCUCCAUUAGUGCAUGCCAAACCACCAGAGGGGAACAGUCGGUCCAAUGAUGCUAGGCCUCAGUUAACAGAUGCUCUUGAUCCUCCAACAAUUACACGGAGGAGAACGUGGAGCAGAGAUGAGGUCAUGGGAGACAGCUUGCUAUUAUCCUCAGUCUUCCAGUUUUCUCGGAAGAUAAGGCAAUCGAUAGACAAAACAGCUGGCAAAAUCAGAAUAUUAUUUAAGGACAAAGACCGGAAUUGGGAAGAAAUUGAAAACAAGUUACGAACUGAGAGCGAAGUUCCUAUUGUAAAAACUUCAAGCAUGGAGAUUUCAUCAAUCUUGCAGGAGCUGAAAAGAGUUGAAAAACAGUUGCAAGUGAUUAAUGCUAUGAUUGACCCUGAUGGUACUUUGGAUGCUCUGAGCAACUUGGGAUUCACAAGCCCUGUCUUACCUGCUCAACCUAAACAUAAGUCCAGCCCUGUUUCUCACAGUACCCGCGCUCAGAUACAACCAAACUGUCAACCUGAAGCUAGAGCCCUUCGGCCUGCCGUCAUCUCUGUUUCAACUGCAUUUGACAAUGUUGAAUCCAAGCCUGACUUCAGCAUACAUUUCAACAGGUUCAACCCAGAUGGGGAGGAGGAAGAUCCCAGUGUGCGUGAAUGACAUUAUUAAUUGUUGUCAUAAUUACCUUCAAUAUGGAAUGUCUAGAAAUAAAUGAAGAGUCAUAGUGUUGCUUUUAUACACACACAAAAUGUUCAAACUGCAGUUGGUUUGUUAAACCAGUUUCCUUUAACUGUGAUGCUUUGAUUGUCAUGCACAUCCUCUUCAAACCAUACAGAUGAGCAUUGAUACCAAUAUAGAAAAGCAGAUUGUGGCAGGUUUGCCCUUUGUGGUUGUGUGCUUUGCAAACAGAAUUCUAUCAGCAGUCUUUCCAUACAUAGAUUUUUCUUUUUAAGAGCAAUGCUUUUAAAGUGACCUGCAAGCAGACUAACAUCCAAUGUUACUGAAACCCCAAGUCACCUGUGCCAACCUGUUCUAUAAAUGGACCUCUUCAAUUAAAGUUUGUAUAGAAUUAUUGAACAGUUAUGUUUGAUGCUGAAUAAGAGGAUUUAUAUAGGAUACAUUACCUUUGAGUACAAUAACACAUUAUUGUAUAAGAUAAGACAGACUUUGCAAAGCAUUCAUUCUUUCAUACUGAAAUUUUCAAAUAGUUCUGUGAUUUAUAUAACCUUGUUGCUGCGUAAAUUGUCUUGGAGUUUACGAAGUUCAGCUAUUAUGUUUGCACUAAGAAUUUGCUGGGAGUGGUAGGUGAACAUAUCAAUAUCAAUAGGAGUCAGUCUUUUGAUGUACAUAGAAAAUUGAUAAUACUGUACUUGUUUCAACAGAGCAGUGUUUUAAUCCACUUUCCGAAAGGACAAUUUGGCACUUUUUGAUCUUGUUCAAAAUGUCUUUUUGAUGUGAAUGAAAGUAGAAGGAUUUCAUAUCUCAUUUCUCUCCAAAUGUUUGUCGAAACAAUAAAACAA